AUGCCACAACUUGGCCUUGGAAGUGGUGGGCUCGAAGGUAAAGAAGGUCGCGAAGCCAUUUGCACUGCGUUGCGAGCAGGCUACCGACUGAUCGAUACAGCGCUCUUCUACAGGACAGAGACCGAGAUCGCUGCUGGAAUGCGGAUGGCUGGCGUAAAGCGUGAUGAGGUUUUCCUUUGCACAAAGGUUCUGCAGAAGGCCCACGCAGCUGAUGCCCAGGUGCGUGACUCUCUGAAGGAGAGCCUUCGAAACUUGGGCACAAACUACGUUGACCUGUACAUCAUCCACAAUCCCAGAGCUGGAAGGAUCAAGGAAGUUUGGUCUUUGCUACUGAAAUUGCGUGAAGAGGGACUUUGCAAGGCUGUUGGUGUCUCCAACUUCGGUGUGGCACAGCUCGAAGGAUUGCGGCAAGCUGGGCUGGAGCUUCCUGAAGUGAAUCAAAUCGAGGUGCACUGUUGGCGACAACUACCAGAGGUGACGGCCUACCAUGCGCAGCGUGGUAUCGCCACAAUGUGCAUGGCGCCGCUGGCCCGUGGCAGAAUGUUAGGUCGGAGUGACUUGGCGAAGAUGGCUGAGGAGAUGGGGCGCACGGAAGCGGAGCUGGCUAUCCGCUGGUCCUUGCAACAAGGCUACAUUCCGAUUCCGAAGUCCAUCAACUCAGAGCGCAUCCUCCUAAAUAUGGCCGACGGCUUCGACCUCGCUGAAUCGCAGAUGGAACGCAUCCAGCGCUUGAACUCUGGUUUCAUGUCCUGCACAAUGGCAUCACCUUGCUAUGAACUACCUUGGGAGCUCGUUGCAGACAAUAUUCCUGACCCUGCCACCUGGGGUGGAGAUCGCAAGUCAAAGGGGAACGGCAAAGGACAUGGCAAGGGCAAAUCGUAUCAGCAGAAGGAUGCAGAGCACUCGAUUGUCGUGCUGGAGUGGCUGAAGGCCUACGUGGGCCGCUUGCUUGGGCCUUUUUGCGCGGUUCUGCUUUAUAGCCUAUUGGGCUAUGGUCCAGUUCUGGGAGUACUUGCUGCGGCAACUGCGAUGGUUACAUUGACCGCUUAA